ACUAGCGUGUGUGCAGGUGUGGGGUUACCCGCCUUUUCGGCCGGUUUCAAGCUUCUCGAAUUCGGGCGCCCGGCGGGGAAUGGCCAGCUGGGUGUUCUGUAAUCGCUGCUUUCAGCCUCCCUGCAGUACCUCGAGCUUCAGCCUGACCAACUGUGGGCACGUGUACUGCGACGACUGCCUGGGCAAAGGUAAAAAGGAUGAAUGCUUGAUUUGCAGAGUUCCUUGUCGCACAGUUUUACUUUCAAAACAUACUGACUCAGAUAUUCAGGCGUACUUUAUGGGCAUAGAUGGCCUGUGUAAGAAGUAUUCGAAAGAAACCUUCCAGGUUUCAGAAUUUCAAGAAAAGCACAGGAAGAGGUUGUUAACCUUCUACAGAGAAAAGAUCUCCAGGCUGGAGGAGGCCCUCAGGAGGUCGGUGCUCCAGGUGGAACAGCUCCGGAGUAUGAGACCAUUGCAACAAACAGCUUUCAACACAAUAAAAACCUCGGUAUCGGCUCCUUCAGCAAAGUCAAAUGGACAUGUGUUCCCACCACCUAAACUGCCAGCGUCCGGAAGGGUACAGAUGAUGGACGUUGAUCUUACCCCUUCCCCAGUGAGAAAACCUGAGACAGCAGCUGGCCCGACAAGGAUCUCUUUGAUCAGUCCCCCGCAGGAUGGACGCAUGGGUGACAUUAGCGUUGAUGAUUAUGAACAUAAUUUUCAGAGAAUUGCAGGCAAAGGAUGCAGAAGAAUUCCCACACAGACUGCUCCACCAAGAAGGGGCCUCGAGGCACACCCCAGUAAAAGGCAGCAUUGCUGUGUUGAGGAUGUUCCUUUAUUCCUAAUUUGUUUGGUGUUUUUAUCAUGAAUUGGUAUUAGAUUUUGUCAAAUGACUUCUGCUUCUAUUGAGAUGAUCAUAUCGUGUUUGCCCUUUAUUCUUUUAAUAUGGUAUAUUGCAUUGAUUUAUUUUUGUAUUUUGUACUAACUUUGCAUUUUUGGAAUAAGUCCUGUUUGGUGGUUUAUAAUCCUUUAUACAUGCUACUGAAUUGGUUUGAUAGUAUUUGUUGACGGUUUUGUAUAUAUACUCCUAAGGAAUACUGAUCUGUACUUUCCUUUUCUUGUGAUGUCUUUGUCUGGUUUUGGGAUUAGGCUAACACAUGAAAUGAGUUAGUUAGAAAGUGUUCCAAACUUGAAUCUUUUUUUAUAUUUUCUGUUUCUCUCAAUAUUCCCUGUCCAUUGGAUUGUUGUCAUCAUCUUUUCCUUUAAUUCUUUGAACUUGU